AUGGAGAUCCUCCUGGAAAACAGGGAACACUGGGCCAAGAAAAGGGAAUAUAUCCUGGCAUCAGCGGGAAAUGUGGUGGGCCUGGGCAAUGUGUGGAGAUUCCCUUACCUGUGCUUUAAGAAUGGAGGAGGGGUUUUCCUGGUCCCUUACUGUUUCUUUGCUGUGCUGUGUGGUGUGCCACUCUACCUCCUGGAGACUGUCAUUGGUCAGUAUACCCAAGAGGGUACCAUCACCUGCUGGACCAAGAUCUGCCCGAUGGCACAAGGGGUUGGUUAUUCUAUCAUUGGGAUCCAGCUGUAUUCCAGAGCCUACAUCAUUGUCCUGACCUGGGCUCUCCUGUACCUCAUCUACUGCUUCAGCGACCCUCUGCCCUGGGCGACCUGCAACAAUCCAUGGAACACAGAAAAAUGUGUGGACGUCACUUCAGUCAACGCUACAGCCCUCGGUGGCAACAUGACGCUGAACUGGACAUCUGGACAUUUCACCAAGUCUUCAGUUUCUGAGUUUUGGGAGAGAAAACUGUUGUCCGUGUCUGCGGGAAUCGAGGACCUUGGUGCGGUGCAGUGGCAGCUGCUGCUGUGUCUGCUGGCCUGCUGGCUGGCCUGCUACUUCAGCAUCUGGAGAGGAGUUCGCACCACUGGAAAGGUUGUUUAUUUUACCGCUGUGUUCCCCUAUGUCAUGCUGGUCAUCUUGCUGGUCAGGGGUCUGACGCUGCCAGGAGCCUGGCAGGGUGUCGUCUAUUACCUCUAUCCAGACCCUUCUCGUCUCACUGACCUUCAGGUGUGGAUGGAUGCUUGUUCUCAGGUCCUUUUCUCUUAUGGUGUUUCAUCUGGAAGCUUAAUCACACUGGGCAGCUACAACAAAGAGAAAAACAACUGCUACAAGGACAGUUUGUGGUUGUGUGCACUCAACAGUUGCACCAGCUUAGUUGCAGGCUUUGCAGUUUUCUCAACUUUGGGCUUCAUGGCCUAUAAUCAGGGAAUUCCCAUCCAUGCAGUGGUCGACUCAGGUCCUGGUUUGGCAUUCAUUGCUUUUCCUCAGGCUGUAGCCAUGAUGCCACUUCCUCAGCUGUGGGCCUCCUGCUUCUUCAUCAUGCUCAUUCUGUUGGGGCUGGACACACUGUUUACAGGUUUGGAGACGAUAACAUCAACGGUUGUCGACAUGUUCCCGAGACAGAUGCGCAGACCCUGGCGCAGAGAGAUCUUUCUCCUGUUCUUCUGUUUGAUCUGCUUCAUCUUCCAGAUCCCCGCCGUCACUCAAGGGGGAGUUUAUCUCUUCCAGCUGAUUGACUACUAUGGUGCGAGUGGAGCCAGCAUAUUAUUCAUUGGCCUGCUGCAGUGUGUGGCCGCAGGUUGGGGCUUUGGUGCUGAGCGGAUGAGCGAUAAAGUUGAAAAGAUGACUGGCCAGAGGCCAAACCGUUUCUUCAGCUUGUGCUGGAGAUACUUCACCCCUCUGCUCUCUGCUGUUUGUUUUGUCUGUUGCUUUGUGGAAGACACACACUUGAAAUCCAGCAGCGGGGAAGUGUUCCCAGACUGGGCGUACGCUUUGGGCUGGGCCAUCGCUCUUUCCUCUGUUGUUGCGGCACCUAUCUGGGUUGUCUGUAAAAUCUGCCUCACCAAGGGCCCCCUCAAAGAGCGUUUUUUGGUUCUCUUGCGUCCCGUUAAUGACCCUCAUGCCAUCAAAGCAGCAAACAGAGGAAGGAACGAAGCUGUAACCACAGUGGAAUCAGGAGAAAAGCCUGAAUGUUAG